UCUCACCUGGCAACAGUGUAAGGUUCAAACUGGAUAUUGAUCCCUGUUCUCAUUCUCAGUGGUCGAGGGCUGGCAUUUCUUUCGUGUGAAUGUCAGGGCAGGAAUAGUACAGUGCUUCUGAGAACAGAGCAGCCAUAGUAUAGAAAAAGGCAUGAAUAAACAAAGAUAAAAUGGCACAGUCAUCAAAGAGCUCUAUUUCCUGUUUGCAGCAGAGUGGUUUGAUAUUUCUGCAUUUUAUAUGCUACUGAGAGGAAAAGAUGAGAACAAAAUUGGUGAGGUACCUGCUUGACUUGAGUUAAACUGAUACCACCGCAACCUUCUGCUCUGUUCUGAAUGAGGUCAAGAUGUCCAUUAUACCUUUAACCAGCAUGAUCGCCUGGAUUGCUCUUACUGCAUUUCAUAUUAUUCAGGACACCAGUUCAGCAGCUGAAACCCGUUCAGAGGAACAGGGAGUCCAACACAAAACAGUGCAUGGAAAUGCCCAGGUGGUCUGUGAAUUCCCAGCUCACAGAGAAACCAUUACAAAGUUAAACGCCUACCUGUUGAAAGGAGUAGACAGAGUAGUACUUUCUGAAGUAAAUUGGAACUCCACAGUCGGGGUCAUGACAAACAACUCCGAAUUCUACUUUGCCAUAAACGUUACGAAGGAAGAAAAGUAUGCAGAGUUUUACUGGAGGGACCUGCAGGUCAGUCACACAGACAGUUACAUCUGCAAGAUUGAGGUGAUCGACCCACCACCAUAUGAAACCAACAGCAGCAGGACUUUAAUUUACGUGACAGAACUUCUGCAGCCUCCAGAAAUGCUAUAUUCCUUGAACAUGGCAAUUGCUAUAGCACUUGGAUUUGUUGCUUUCUACAGUGUGAUAAUCACAGCAGCUGUUUGCCACUGUUGGCUGAAAAGCAAGAAGAAUAGGGUCCUUCAGAAUGACUAUUUCAACAUGAUGUCCUGGCAAUCCAAUGGACUCAGGAAAAGGUCCCCACAGCUUGGAGUUCCAGUGAGGAACUAUACUGCAUAUCGUUCAUGGGAACCCUGAUGAAUGGAUUCUUCUCUACAGUGGAAAUAGAACAGCCUAGCCAUAGCAAAAUGAGAGUGUUUUCAAAGAGACAUAUCUUGCUGUUCUUAGAUCUAUGAAGGACAAAAGCUCUCUGUAAGUACAGUAAUGUUUCAGGUUGGAUAGGAAAGAAGAAAUGAGCCACAUUAGAUUGGAAACAGAGGGAGGUGAGGUCACCCUCAUAUUUUAGCAAAUGGUAGUUCCAAAGCAUUUCUGAUCUUUCUACUUUUGUCUUAACAGAAGGUUUAUAAAGAACAUAUCCAAACUCUGGCAAAGAGCAGAGGUAAAAAUCUGUCAUCUUUCAUAUCAAAGAUAAAAUGCUGAAUUUAGGGUUUAAACAUACACUUAAGAAAUAAGAAGCAUCCCGCUUGGCGGGACUAGGACGGUAAAGAACAUUUUUCUGUCAAAAAUGAAGGGUGGGAUUAGCUGGAAAGGUUUGCAAUGCUCUGCAGAACAGCUCCAUUUCUUUUUAUGAGCAAAUGACACUUUCUGCUAAAACAAUUAACCUGAAAAUCAUUUCUGGAAGACUUGAAGAAAUAGUGGAAAAUACUGCCAGUAUUUGCAGCGAUGUACAGAUUUCCACUGAUGCAUAAAUAAGAAACUGACGAAGAAUUGAACAAACAGCAAUGAAGGAAAAACCCAAGCAAUUUAUCGGUUAUCCAAAUGGUUCCAGUUCCCACUGUAAGUAGAGAGUAUUCUUCUUUCUUGAUAUCAGAUAUCAG